AUGUUCAAGCGCAUCCUCUUCGUGUUCACCUCCGCCGACACCACGCUUACGGGUGCAAAGACCGGCUGGUACCUCCCCGAGGCAGCACACCCUUAUUAUAUUCUCGCACCGAAAUACGAGAUUGACUUCGCCUCCCCGAAGGGUGGGUUCCCGCCUGCCGACCCCGACGGCGCAGCCGCCUAUCCCGAGGAUGUGACGAAAUUCCUCGAGGAUCCCGCGACCAAGGAACAGCUCGCCACAACGAAGAAGCUCUCCGACGUCAGCGCGGCCGACUACGACGCCAUCUUCUACGUCGGCGGCAUCGGGCCCGUUCUCGACCUCGCGACGGACCCCAUCAACGCCAAAUUCGCGUCGGACUUUUUCCGCGCGGGCAAGCUCACCACCGCCGUUUGCCACGGUCCGAUCGCUCUCACGAGCGCGACAGACGCGCAGGGCGUAAGCCUUUUCAAGGGCCGCAAGGCCACCGCCUUCACGAACUACGAGGAGGAGCUGCAGGGCAAGCUUGGGGACGUCCCCUUCCUCGUCGAGUCGCGCAUCGUGGAACUCGGCGGCCUGUUUGAGAAGGCCGGGGAGCCAUGGUUGCCCCACGUCGUUCAGGACGGCAUUCUCAUUACCGGUCAGAACCCGGCGUCCGCGCAUGGGGUUGGGGAGGCUAUCGACCGGGCUCUGUCUGCGUAA